GAGCUUUUUGUUCAGUAUUUGGCUACAUACUCCUACAAACAUGGCAGAGGCAAGGAGAAGAACGCUCUAACUUACAGCGACCUGUCUCAUACUGCAGAAGAGUGUGAGACCUUUCAGUUCCUUGCAGAUAUCUUGCCAAAGAAGAUCCUAGCUAGCAAAUACUUAAAAAUGCUUGAAAAAGAGAAGCAAGAUGGAGGAGUGGGGGAAGAUGAUGAAGAGGAUGAGGAGGAAGAGGAUGAAGAUGAAGCCGUUGAUGAAGAUGUUGGAUCUUAAGGCCAAUGGAGAAUUGCUUCACAGUUGAUCCAUUUUCUGUUCUAUAAAGGAUGUUAUUUUUGUGACUGAGAAUCCAGAUGCUGGAUAUAUUUAUAUACUGAGCCAUCUGCUUUUGCUUUAAGAAGUUUAGAAAUUGAACUUGAUACUUAUUGAAGAAUGGAAUUCUUC